GAAAGCACGGCGACUGUGUUUUUGGCUGAGGAGUAAAAGCGCGCCGGAAGUGAAGGGGCUGUAUCGUCAGGGAUAGAGACGGGGAAGAGCGAGAAAUCCUAAGGAACAUAUUCCCCUCCCCACCCCCCAUUUUCCAGGAUGGAAGCCCGAAGUUUUGAGGGAGAAACUUGUGAGGAAAUAAAGGAAGUUAGGCUGAGGGGCAGAGAGCGAGACUUUUCUAUUUUCCAAAAGCUCGGUCUGAGGCCCCUCAGUCUUGCUUCCUACCCCGCGCUUGAGUUUCUCCCGGUUUGGAUACCUUCAGGGGCCCUGGCUUCUUUAGAGGGCCCCGUUCUUGCGAGCUCAAGGCCUGAUUCCCGCCCUCCCUUCUCGUUUUAGGGAUGUGCUGAGAAGCCACAGAAACGGGUAUGGGCUUAUUUUGCCAAAGAAAGCACAGAAGUUGCACCCUGUUUUGCAAAAACCAUCAGUGUUUGGGAAUGAUUCUGAUGAUGAUGAGACCUCCGUGAGUGAAAGCCUGCAGAGGGAAGCUGCUAAAAAGCAAGCAAUGAAACAGACCAAACUGGAAAUCCAAAAGGCCCUUGCAGAAGAUUCCACUGUAUAUGAAUAUGACAGUAUUUAUGAUGAGAUGCAGAAAAAAAAGGAAGAAAGUAAUCCUAAAUUGCUUUUGGGAAAAGACCGAAAGCCCAAGUAUAUUCACAACUUACUAAAAGCAGUUGAGAUCAGAAAAAAGGAACAGGAAAAAAGAAUGGAGAAGAAAAUACAGAGAGAACGAGAAAUGGAAAAGGGAGAAUUUGAUGAUAAAGAGGCAUUUGUGACAUCUGCUUACAAGAAAAAACUGCAAGAGAGAGCUGAAGAGGAGGAAAGAGAGAAGAGGGCUGCUGCGCUCGAAGCACGUUUGGAUGUAACCAAGCAGAAAGAUCUCAGUGGAUUUUAUAGGCAUCUAUUAAAUCAAGCAGUUGGUGAAGAGGAAGUCCCUACGUGCAGCUUUCGUGAAGCUAGGUCUGGGAUAAAGGAAGAGAAAUCAAGGGGUUACUCUGAUGAAGUACAUUCGGAGAACAGAAUACCACAUGAGCAAUGCAUUCGCCAAACUGUUGUGAAAGUAGAAGAAAACCCAGAUGCAGACAGUGACUUUGAUGCUAACAACAGUGAGGAUGAUGAACUGGAAGAAAAGAAUAAAGUGAACUGCAGAAGGGAGAAGAGCAUAGAGACUUCUGGGAAUGACUCUAGGCAUCACAGGAAUCAAACCCACUCACGGUCAUCUAGUGAAGAAAGAGAACAUGGUACCAAACGCCACACAAAGAGUUCCAAGUCAAGAGGACACGAGAAAAGGGAAGAUCAGCACCAAGAGAGACAGUCCAGGGACCAGGAGAACUAUCACACUGACCGUGAUUACCGAAAAGAAAAGAAAGAUUCCCAUAGGCACAGAGAGGCCGGUCACAGAGACUCCCACUGGAAGAGGCAUGAACAAGAAGAUAAGCUGAGGGGAAGGGACCAAAGAGAGAGAAGUGACAGAGAAUGGAAAAGGGAGAAAGACAGAGAGAAAUACCCCACAAGGGAACAGGAGAGAGAGAGACAGAGAAACGAUCAUGACCGACACAGUGAGAAAGGAGGGGACAAGGACGAGAAAGGCAAAGAGAAAGAACAUUCGAAAGCAGGGAAGGAAAAACUUGAAAACAGAGAGAGAGAAAAGCGAGAAAUGAGUGUCCAGUCUUCAGAGAGAAAGCGAGACAGAAAGGAAGGCAGCCCGAGUUCUAGGGCGAAGGGUAGGUUUCUCGACCAGGAGAGAUCCAGUAAAAUGAGAAACACGGGGAAGGACAAAGAAAGAAGCGCAGAGGAACCCUCUAGUCCUGAAGCAUCGCUGGGAGCAAAACACCGAGUCUCAGAGGAAUGCCAGGCGGCGGGGAAAGAGCAAGAGCAGCCCCACGAGGCAGGGAACAAGUUUGCAAAACGGAACAGUGAAGAAACUGUAAUGUCGGCUAGAGACAGGUACCUGGCCAGGCAGAUGGCACGGGUUAAUGCAAAGACAUAUAUUGAGAAAGAAGAGGAUUGACUUUCUGGAACAUGCUGUGUGAACACAUAAAGGAGGGUGUUAACAGUGGUAAAAUAUGUUUUCAAAAUUCAUUUUUGGUUUAGUGUUAAUUCAAAAGUCAGUCCUUUUAUCUUGAAUGUCUGACUGAAUCGAUAUAUAACAUUUAUUUAUCAAUGCCACAUUCUUAGUUGUAUUCAGGCAACCUAAAGAGUGUGCUAAAUCCCAGUAGGUACUUUAUGAGGAAAAUUAGCUCCACUGUAAUCAUUAAAACAUAAUUUAAACAACUCUCCCAAUGUUGGUUUUGUUGCAGGAACUGUUUAUUUUAUAAAUACUGUGUUUCAGAUAAAAUUAAGUGGAUUUGAACAUAGAGAAUAUUGUUAUACUUUAUGUUUUGAAAUUUGUAUUAAAGUAUAAAAUAUGGAUAGAUAUACAUCUUGUCUAACUUUUUAGCUCAAGCAUACCUGGCUUAAAUGAAAAUAAAAAUAGUGAUAUGUUUGUACUUUUAAUUCAUGCUUCUAUUUUUUAAAAGACAUCUUUUUAACACACUGUAUGCGGGAAACGUAUUUAUACGUUUUACAUUGACUGGUGGUAGAGCGCGCAAUAAAAACUACCUGCAAACAA